ACGAGGUUGAUCUCCUCAGUUUCGAGUUAAGAUUCAUAAAGAAAAUUUAUAAUGUCAUCGAUAAUUGUUAAAUUGUUUUCAGUCAUUUUUGUGUUAAUGAUUUUUCCGAAAUGGUCUGAAAGUGUAAAUGUAUAUUCUUUAGAAACGAGAUAUAUUGAAGUACCAAUUGAUCACUUCUCGGCAACGGCAACAUCUAAAACUUUUAAUUUAAGAUAUUUAAUUAAUUCAAAGAACUAUGUUAAAGGAGGUCCGAUUUUCAUUUAUACAGGGGGUGAACGAGAAAUCACAAUUGCUGCUCAAAAUACGGGUUUCUUGUUUGAAAUUUCACCCAUUUUUAAUGCUUUGAUAAUUUUCGUUGAACAUCGAUACUAUGGGACGUCACUGCCAUUUGGCAAUGCGUCAUUCACAAUUACGGAAAAUUUAAGAUACUUAACCACAACACAGGUUUUAGCAGACUUUGCAUUUCUCAUUCAAGAAUUGAAGAAGAAUUUUUUUCCAAAUUUUUCACAAGCAGAUACCAAGACCGAGCCUAUCAUUGCAUUUGGAGGAUAUUAUGCUGGAAUGUUGGCAGCUUGGUUAAGAAUGAAGUAUCCGUAUUCAGUUAGGGCAGCCCUUACUUCGUCUGCACCUCUUUUCUACUUUCCCGGACUCACUUCUUGCGAAGGAUAUUAUCAGAAAGUUACUCAAAUUUUUGAGAGAUAUGGACAAGAGAAAUGUGUCAAGACAAUAAAACUUGGAUGGGAUAUAAUUGAAAACUUAGCCAAAUCUAAAAUAGGCAUGGAUUAUAUUUCUUCAACAUGGAAGCUUUGCAGCAAACUAAAAACAGCUGAAGAUGUGCAAAUAUUGAUAGACUGGUUAAGCAAUAUAUUUAUAGAAUUAUCAAUGGCAAAUUAUCCCUAUCCGUCAGAAUACUACAAUCCAGUUCCAGCUUUUCCAGUGAUGGUAUUUUGCGAUAAACUCAACACGGCUUAUUUUAAUGACACGAAAGGUUUUAUUCAAUCAUUUGCGAACGCUUUGCAAAUUUAUACCAAUUAUACCGGCAGAAUAACUUGUAACAACAUUUACAGUAAAGAAGAAGACUUAAAUGAAGUUGCCUGGAAAUACCAAACUUGCACAGAGCUGAUAAUGCCCAAAUGUUCAACUGCUCAAGAUAUGUUUAUUACAAACAACUGGGUUUAUGAACAAUUCGCUCUUGAUUGUUACAAAAAAUUUGGAGUCAAGCCAAAACCUAAUUUUGUCUUUUUGGCAUAUGGUGUAAACAAAUUGAAGUAUUAUACUAAUAUGCUCUUCAGUAGCAGCACGAUCGAUCCAGCUUCAUGGGGUGUUGUUGAUUUGAAUAAGGCAGAUAAGACUGAUAAAUCGUUGGUGACUUAUCAAAUUAUGGAUGCUCCCCACCUUAUGGAGUUCAGAGGUACUAAUCCUUCUGAUAAUGAUUAUAUAUUGCAGGCUAGGAAGUUUUAUAUAUCAAUCCUGAAAAAGUGGCUUAAAUAGGAGCAAGUGGGAUCACAAAUUUAUAUUUUAACUGAUGAAUAAUAACAGAAAUAAAAAUUAUUUAUGAUAUAACAAUUUUAUUAAUAUACAAAAAAGGUGUUAACUCAUAUGUGAAUAAUUA